ACCUUCCCCGAAAAACUCUCCCUACCAACUGAAGUAUCAAAACUAAAAAAAUUAUAUCCUUCCUCUGACAUCAAAGCUGUCAACGAUCCAAACGCCUUUGUUGAUUGCUUCAAUCUUCCUCCAACUUUAACCUUCAUCGAUGCAAAAAUCCCCUACAAUUUCAUCUUCCCAAAUACAAAACUAAGAUCAAGUGUUCCCUCUCUAGCGCCUGAUGCCCUAUCCUUUUUAAACCCAAAAGACGCUCACGACAUUAAAGAAUCUUACACAUACCUACAAAUAGAAAAAUCUAUCCAUUUACUCAAAAACUCAAUCAAAUCAUCCUCAAAUCAUCCCUCCCUAUCUCUCAAUGAUCAAAUCGACCUACUAGCUCUAAAUCUACUAAAUCACCAAAAACAACUAAGAGGAAAACUACUAUCUUUUAGCUGGUACCAAAGAUCUCUACUAACAAACACUCAUCCAAAUUUCCUAGCCAAAUCAAGAAAACUAUCAAUCAAUGACUCUAUCAAAACUUCCCAAAUUCACAUCCUAAACCAAAAAAAUCACAAAAAACAUCUUCAAAACUUCAAACUAGAACAGUCUCAAUCAAAAAUGAACAAAAUAACUUCCUUAAUCAAUAUCAAAUCAAUCAAAAAACAAAAUAAAUUUAAAAAAUUGAAAAAUAAAAUCAUAAAUUUUCACAUUGCUUUUGAAAGAGAAACAAUUCGAAGAAUCGAAAGAAAUGCAAAACAACGUCUAUUAGCUCUAAAAGCUAAUAACGCUGAAGUCUAUAUCAAAUUAUUAGACGAAUCAAAAGAUAGCAGAAUCACUCAUCUUCUACGACAAACUAAUUCCUUCUUAUCAACUCUUAGUAACGCCGUCAAAUCUCAACAAAAAGAAACUCACGAACUAAGUAUAAAAGCUGGCCAUAAAAUUGAAACUGAUGAAGAAUUUAAAAAACAAUUUGGCGACGAUGCCGAUAGUGGUGAUUUAGAUUAUUAUAAUGUUGCCCAUCGAGUUCAUGAAAGUAUUACAAAACAACCCUCCAUUCUUGUCGGCGGUACUCUAAAAGAAUACCAAAUUAAAGGUUUGCAAUGGAUGGUUUCCUUAUUCAAUAAUCAUCUCAACGGUAUUCUCGCUGAUGAAAUGGGUCUAGGUAAAACUAUUCAAACAAUAUCUCUAAUUACUUAUUUAAUGGAGUUUAAAAAAAUUCCCGGCCCUUUUUUAGUUAUCGUUCCUCUCUCAACUCUAACAAAUUGGAAUUUGGAAUUCGAAAAAUGGGCUCCUUCUGUUAAAAAAAUCACCUAUAAAGGAACUCCAACACAAAGAAAAAAAAUGCAUGACGAAAUUAAAAGAAAAGAUUUUCAAGUAUUACUAACAACUUUUGAAUACAUCAUUAAAGAUAAAAAUCUUUUGGGAAAAAUUCCCUGGGUUCAUAUGAUUAUCGAUGAAGGUCAUAGAAUGAAAAAUGCUCAAAGUAAAUUAUCCUUUACUUUGUCAAACUAUUAUCACACUGACUAUAGACUAAUUUUAACCGGUACUCCAUUACAAAACAAUUUACCUGAAUUAUGGGCUUUAUUGAAUUUUGUUUUGCCUAAAGUUUUCAACUCUGAAAAAUCAUUUGAUGAAUGGUUUAAUACCCCCUUUGCCAGUGCAGGAGGUAAUGAUAGAUUGGAUUUAUCUGAAGAAGAAACUUUAUUGAUUAUUAGAAGAUUGCAUAAAGUUUUAAGACCAUUUCUUUUAAGAAGAUUGAAAAAAGAUGUUGAAAAAGACUUGCCUAAUAAAGUCGAAAAAGUUAUAAAAUGUAAAAUGAGUGCCAUCCAAGUUAAACUCUAUCAGCAAAUGCUUAAUCAUCAUUCUUUAUUUAUUAUGGAUAAAAAUACUAAUAAAUUGGCACCAAUUAGAGGAUUGAAUAAUCCAAUCAUGCAACUAAGAAAAAUUUGUAAUCACCCUUUUGUGUUUAAUGAUAUUGAAACUGCAAUAAAUCCUAGUAGAAACAUUGAAAACUCCAUUUGGAGAGUCGCCGGAAAAUUUGAAUUACUAGAUAGAAUUCUACCCAAGUUUAAAGCUAGAAACCAUAGAGUCUUGAUGUUUUUUCAAAUGACUCAAGUUAUUGAUAUCAUGGUAGAUUACCUCGACUAUGUUGGCAUAAAACAUUUAAGAUUAGACGGAUCCACAAAGUCUGAUGAAAGGCAAGAAAUGCUCAAACUAUUCAAUGCUCCCAACUCGGAAUAUUUUGCAUUUCUUCUUUCCACCAGAGCAGGAGGUUUAGGGCUAAAUUUGCAAACCGCCGAUACUGUUAUUAUUUUUGACACUGAUUGGAAUCCUCACCAGGAUUUACAAGCCCAAGAUAGAGCUCAUAGAAUUGGUCAAAAAAACGAAGUUAGAAUAUUGAGGUUGAUCACUGAAGAUUCAGUUGAAGAAAUGAUUUUGGAUAGAGCUCAUCAAAAAUUAGACAUUGAUGGAAAAGUUAUUCAAGCAGGUAAAUUUGAUAAUAAAUCCACAGUAGAAGAGCAAGAAGCAUUGUUAAGGCAAUUAUUAGAAGCAGAGGAAGCAAAGAAAAAGGAUUCAGUUGAAAAUGAAGAAUUGACUGAAGAGGAGCUUAAUGAAAUUCUUGCCAGAACAGAAGAGGAAAAAGAACUAUUUGCCAAAAUGGACCAAGAAAGAAAGAAAAACUGGAUUGAAAACUAUGGUUCACUACCUAGAUUGUAUGCUGAAAACGAGUUACCUGGCUUUUUCAACGCUGAAAUUCCAAGAGAGAAAGAAAAAACAGAACUUAUUUUAGGAAAAAGAAUUAAAGCUAAAAUAUCUUACAAAGAUGAAUCUGAAAUUGAUUGGUUAAAAUCAAAUGAUUUAAUUAAUGAAGCAUCCAACGGCAGCGUAUCAAUCAAAGCUGAAAAUGAAACUGAAAGUGGAAUUGAAAACGAAAACAACGAAUUACUUUCUCUCGAAUCACCAAGAAAGCGAAAACUAUCCAAUGCUCCAGAUUCAUCGCCUGUUUUCACCGCAGGAAAAAAAAUAAAAUCAGAGAAUCCCAUCUUCAGUUUAGGAAGAGGUAGAGGUCGUGGAAGAGGGCGUGGAAGAGGUAGAGGCAGAGGUAGAGGCAGAGGGGGCUUAAAAGGUGUUGUUUCUACCCGACCUUCAUCAGGCGAAGCUAUGAAGCUCUCUACUGAAGAACGAAUUAAAUUAACCCAUAAAUUAAGACAAUUGUUUCAUACUGUGGAUAAUCUUAAAAAUGAGGAAGGAAGAGAAUUAACUGAACUAUUCAAGAAAAAGCCUUCCAGGAGGUUAUAUCCCAAUUAUUAUAUGAUUAUUCGAAAUCCUAUUUCAUUGAAAGAAAUAAAGGAAAAAAUAUCUAGUUUUUCGUAUUUCUCAUUAUCAGGUAUACUUGAUGAUAUAAAAUUAAUGUGUGCAAAUGCUAAGGCCUUUAAUCAAGAAGGUUCUAUUGUUUUCAAUGAUUCCAUUUCAUUGGAAAAAGCAGCGAUCGAUAGAUAUAAUGAAUUAAUGGCGGAAGAUGCGCCUCUGUCCAGAGAGUAG